CCUGGGGCGGCCGCAGCUGGCCCCCGGGCCGCGGGCUGUCGUUCCCCGUAGGACGAGACCGGGAGCCGCGGAGAGUUAGACUCUGGAGGCUCUGCGGGGGCGACCUGGUGGCGCUGUUAACGCUGCCCCGUGGGCUAGCGCAGGGGAAGACCGAGAACGAGGAGCCCCUGGGUCGGGAACAAACAGGUGCACACAGACUUGUGCUCUGCUGGGGGGUGCGAAAUGGUGCAGCUGCUGCGAAGGCAGUCUGGAGGUUCCCCAAAAAAUUAGGAAUAGUAGCACAUGACCCAGCGAUCCCCUGCCCCGGGCGGGCGCCCUAGAGAAGUGAGAGUGAGGGCAGGGCCGCACGCCCCGCUUGCACGGCCCUGUUCGGGAAGCCCCGUUCGCAGUCGCCCGCCAUCCGUGUGGGCUGCCCUGCAGCGCGCCGAGUUAGCCUUGCGGAGGGAGGCUCUGCUGCCCCAUGGCCCAGCCUCAGCCACGUGAUGCGAAGGACGCCAGUCACAGAAGGGCAACUAGCGCAUGAUUCCGUUUAUGUGAACCGUCCAGAGUAGGCCAACUGACACAGCCAGCCAGCAGACCUGCGGUGACCAAGGGCUGUGGGAGGGGGAAUGGAGACCAAGUGCUUAGUCAGGGUUUCUGUUUGGAGCCCGGAGGAAGUUGUGGACGGCCAGGAUGAUGACCGUGCAGUAUUGGGAAGGUACUUAACGCCCCUGAAUUGGACACUUGAAAAUAGUCACAGGACAACGUCUAUGUUGUGAUCUUUUUUGCCACAAUAAAAUGAAACGGACAGAACGUGUUUGCCACAGACCUGCACAAUAGCCAGUGUUACGGGAAAUUCUUCAGGCGGAAGGGAGAUGAUGUGGCGCGGAGACACAUACAUGCAGAGGGCAGGAAGUGGAAGUUUGCUAGUAAAUGUUAACCCUCCUUCCUUACAUCCUCUAAAAUGAAGAGUUACGGCAAAAAAUAAUAAAAGUGUGAAUAGUAACAAUGAUAACAUACCAUCAGCGCUCACUGCGGCAGAGACUGGCAUGGCCCCUGCACCAGGAUGACACACAAAUUCAUGAAGUUUUCCAUAAAAAAUAAUUGUGGCUUAUCCCACAUGUAGAAGCAAAACAUAUGCCAACAAUGAUGCGAGGGCUUCACAGGCGCUGUCUGCUGGAGGUAACCGCCCACGACCCGCCUCCAGGGGUGUCUGGACAAGCUGUCCGGUCCAGGGGUGGCGGAGAGGAGAGCCCGGCCACUUGCCAAGAGGAUGCACGGUGUGGAGAUUUGUCUCCUAGGGCUGAGAAACUGAGCAAUGGCAUCUGCCUUUGAGAGCGUGAUCAAGAGUGUGGUCCGGGAGCUGGACCACAGCGGCGAGCUCAUCCCCGUGGACAGCCUGCGGAGCUCCACCAGCUUCCAGCCCUACUACUUGUUGGGAAGGAAGCUCUCGAGAUCGUGGUUCUGGAAACCCCGCUACAAGAGCAUCAACCUGUCUAUCAGGGACAUUCUGGAGCCUGAUGCCCCAGAACCAGCUGUGAAACAAAGUGCGCCCAUCCACGUCUACGACUCCAUGGACGGGGAGCUGCAAGGCAGCGGGGAGCUGGAAGCCCCAGGACAGGGGAGGUUUGCAGGCGGGGCGGCGGUGUUUGAUAACUUCAGCAUCUCGAUGAACGUGCGUACACUGCAAGUGGACCCCAACAUCUGGGACGCCAUGAAGCAAGAGCGGCGCCUGCGGCAGCCCGAGCACAAGGUCCUACAGCAGCUGCGGAAUUGUGGGAACGACGUGUUCGUGGUGACGGAGGUGCUGCAGACGCAGAAGGAGGUGAAGGUCACCCAGACCCGUAAGCAGGAGGGCUCUGGCCAGUUUGCACUGCUUGGAGCCAUAUCUUUGCAGGGCCAAGGCCAGGGCCACCGGAGCCGGAAGAAGACAGUCACCAUCCCCUCAGGCAGCAUCCUUGCCUUCCAGGUGGCCCAGCUGCUUAUUGACUCAGACUGGGAUAUCCUCCUCUUCCGGGACAAGAAGCACAAGAAGCAGAGGACCUUCGGGCUGCCCAAGAAAGGCCACCAGCUUACAAGAGGCGCAGGCAGCCAGUCACUGCUCUCCGGAUGCUUCAAAAUACAGUCGGACGGGUUUGCGAAGGACUGGUCGGCGGUCACGGGAGACUUCCGGGGCCUGCAGGCAGAGGUGGGGGCCCAGGCCCACGUCCUGCAGGGCUUGUCCAAGGAACUGUGCGAGCGGCUGCUGGCAGGCCUGGUGCAGGUGCUUCGGGAAGAGCCAGCCCUGCAAACCCUGGAGGACGCGCUGGAACAGGGCCUGUGCUGUGGGUCGGUGGCCCCCCUGGAUGGUCCAGUGGACGCCCUCCUCGAGUGCCUGGUGCAGAGCUCCGGAGAGCUGGAAACGCACCUGGCCGGCCCCAUCCUCUACCUGGUGGAAGCGCUAGCUGUGCUGAGUGAGAGCCAGCAUGAGCUGCUCGUGGAGAUGCUGGAGACAGAAGGCCUGUCCGGGCAGCUCAAACUGCAGGUGGGGAGCGUUUUGGAGCAGAGCACCCCCUGGCAGGAGCGCAGGCAUGUGUCCCUGCCACAAGAGCUCCUGGGGAGCAGCUGGGACCCAGAGGCACCUGCCUGGGUCCUGCUGGAGGAAUGCGGCCUGGGGGUGCAGGUGGACGUUCCCCAGGUGUGCUGGGAGCCCCAGGCCCAGGGCCGCACGUGUGCACUCUACGCCUGCCUGGCUCUGCUGUUAGGCCUGAGCCAGGACUGCUGUUAGGGUGGAGCCUGCUCGCCUGGGCAGCUCUGCGGGGUGGGGAGCCCACCCGCUGCCAACCCUGGGAGGCCGAGAGCCCAACCUGGCCUGCAGCCAGUUCAUCCUGGGAGUUGGGGAAAGCCAAUAAAUGUGAUGUACAAAGGAAA